AUGAACCCUUCUCUCCUCACCUCACCUCACCUCACCUCACACCGAACCCCCCUCAACCCUCAACCCUCAUCCCACCAAUUCAAACAACCUCCUCCAAUUGCCAACUGCCAUCACCAAUUGACCACCGGCACCAUCAGCAUCAUGUCCCCACCAACCCUGACCUCACCAACUCCAACCCUGACCCUGACCCCGGAACCGCUCACCCCGUCCGCCUUCCACCCCUACGGCACAGCCAUCACCUCACCACUGCCCCGCACCGUGGCCACCCCACCACCGGCCUCCGCCCUGACCGCGCUGCACCCGACCCCCGUGCUCGCCAACCAGAACACCGCCCUGAAGUACAGUCCCAUCUCCCCACUGGACGACCACUACGGCAGCACCUGCCCCAGCGGCCGGGCCUCGUCCGCGCGCAUGACCAUGUUCUCCUGCUUCCCGCGCACCCUGCGCCCGGCCGGGAAAUCCGCCGCCGUCUUCGACAUCCGCAUCCUCGAACGCCACCCCUACACCACCCAGACCUUCUCCCCGCUCGACCUCUCCAGCCAGCCGGCCACCGGGCCCGGCCCGGCCCAGACCCCCGCGCCGGAGCCCUACUAUCUGGUCGUCGUGGCGCCCUCGCUCAAGGGCACGACCGCCCAGGCCACCACCCGCUCCGGGGAGGUGGUGACCGUCGCCGACCCGCCGGAUCUGAGCCGCGUCAAGGCGUUCGUCGCGCGCGGCGGGCAGGCGGUCACCUACGGCGCGGGCACGUGGCAUGCGCCCAUGGCGGUGGUCGGGAACCGGCGCGUGGACUUCUUGGUCGUGCAGUUUAUGAAUGGCGUGGCGGAGGAGGAUGUGCAGGAGGUGGUGUUUGGGGAGGGGGUCGUGGUGGAGGUGGAGUCGGGACUGGGCGUGAAGGCUAGGCUUUGA